CCAUGGCACUCCUUCCAGCGAGGGCCAAGCAACACCCAAGGUCAAACUGAACGGCAGUAUAAAAACCACCCCGCUUCGUAGUCGUGUGAAGGCAAACUCUGAUUAUCACUCAUUGAAAAGUAACCAGUUGUUGGCCAAUCGAAAGAAGAUCUCAAGAGCACAGAUUCCGUGUGAUCGGCAGUUUGCCGAUAUGUGUGUUUGAUAAUUGUUCGGCUGGGAACAGCGAAGCGGCUUUACAUCCCAGUUAAACCGUUUAUAUUUCUCGAAACCUGUCAUUUCAACCUUUUUUAUCCGUCCAUUUUAUUCCAUGCCCUCACCUGAAACUCCCAUGACCCAGGAAGUUCCUUGUCUUGAUCAAGACGGUUCUGGUGUCUCGCCAGAGCAAAAUUCUGGAAUAAUCAGCAAAUCACCAUCAAUUCUGAAGCAAAAGUCCGAAGGUGGAACAAAUCCACUCACAGGGUCGCCACCUUGUGAGGAUGAUGAUGUUGUAUCCAGUUCAUCUACUAGCGGAAGUGGAAGCAUAUCGUCCCCAUGCCAGUCUGAGACCUCGGCAGAUGCUGCAUCCGAGGGCAAUUGGGCCUCUGUGGAUCCCCUACUAUUGACCGCCGUACGAAGCUCUAAGGAUCGGCUGUUUGUUUUGAAGCUGGAUCAGCGGUGUGACGAAUUCCUUAAAGACGCAAGUCAGACCCGACUGGAGUUUCCCCAGAUGAACUCCUAUCAGCGACUGAUAGUACAUCGUGUAGCCCAAUAUUUCAAGCUGGUUCACGUUGCGGACUCAGCUCGUCGAGCGGUGGUCUUGUAUAAGAAUGCAGAUUCUGAAACACCUUGUCUACGACUAUGCGAUAUCCCUUUGGAUGCGAGUACUGCAUCCCAGAGCGCGGUGUCCUCCAUCCGAAUCAUGCAAAGACAUUCUCAUCAUCACAAUCACAGUCACAAUCGAGCCUCACGCCAUUCAAGCACUGAUAGCGGUUCUGAAGGGGCUAAUGGACCUUCGGGUGCUUUCAAAUCAAUUGAGGAACGCGAGGCUGCCUAUCAGGCGGCGCGAGCACGAAUAUUUCAGGAAGAUUCAGAGUCCGAUGUCUCUAGCACCUCACGGACAUCGAACCAGUCCAAUAGUACAACGGGAAAGAGCACAGCCCGCAGUGGAAAGCAUCACAAUCGCAGUCAGGCUUCACGUUUAAAGCAGCAGCCAGGUGCAGCGCGGGGAAGAGGACAGCAAUUCACUCCUCAAGGUGGCGUCCCAUUCUCCAUGCCUCCCAGCGAUUAUGCUCGCGUAUCUCCGUACUAUGCGUACGACAAUGGACCUCGCGGUGGAUAUCCAUUAAACCCUUCUAAUGGAAUUCGGCCGAACUUGCGUGGACAUCCACCAGCAUUUGAGGCAAUGUAUGGAUCCGGAGCACCGCCGCCUUUCAACACCAACGGUCCUAUGCCGUCUGGGACCCGCUACAUGGGAUCGUACGUAGACUGGAACGGGACAGUUUGUCAUGCCCAAGGCGAGUCGCCCGGUCAAUCUGUGCAGGAGCCCAAGGCUCUGGACUCUAUAAACAAUCCCUUCGGAACAGCAUCCAUACCUGCACCCUAUCCGUUUGCGCGUCCGGAUUUUGGCAUCCCUCCGUACACGUCACCUUUCACCGCUUCUCACAUGGAUGGUGUGGCGCUACAUUACUACCCAGAGAUUGGUACAUUUGUGCCUGGGCCAAUGGUUGAUCAUGAAGGGGGCAUAAUGCAGCAUGGUAGUGCACCAGGGCUAAUGGGACCGAACGCCCCAUACGCUGGUGGUUACCGAGAAACUGAACAAGGAGGAUAUGUUCCGCAACAGAAAGCACAUUUCCCUGGAGGUCGCGAUAGGCCGCUUCCUCGUCACGACCCAUCUUUCUCAGAUUUUUCUGUGCCAGAUAGAUUACAAGAUCCAUUGACUGACUGUUUUCGGCCAACGAACCCCCCCAUAUAUCAUUCACCUGAUCCUCGGCCUCCUUAUUCUUCCCACACACCCAUUUUUGAAGGAACAUCGGUAAGAGUUCCGACUAGUGGACUUGGACGAGGAGGUUAUGGCAUGGUGAGAGGAGUUGUACCUUAUUCAAAUGGGAGUAGGGUUGGAGGACCAGAGGAAGGAGAGGUCGACGAUCUAAUCUCGGGAAUAAAUAGCGUUACGAUAGAUAGCAUUGGAGAUCAAAGCUAGCGGCUCAUGGUAAAGCUAGUUCUGUAAAUAUAGUGAAAUUAUUACACUCGAAAAUAUCCCCA